UCAUGUGUGGCGGUGUGAGCGAAAGAGUUUGGCGCAAUGUCUCACACCAUUUUGCUGGUACAGCCUACCAAGAGACCAGAAGGCACAACUUAUGCUGAUUAUGGAUCAGUGAAUGAGUGCAUGGAAGGCGUUUGUAAAAUGUAUGAAGAACAUCUGAAGAGAAUGAAUCUCAACAGCCCCUCUAUCACAUAUGAUAUCAACCAGUUGUUUGAUUUUAUUGAUGAUCUGGCGGACCUCAGCUGUCUUGUCUACCGAGCUGAUACCCAGACAUACCAGCCUUAUAACAAAGAUUGGACUAAAGAGAAGAUCUACGUGCUCCUUCGUCGACAGGCCCAACAGGCCGGGAAAUAGUUGUGUUGGAAGCAUUUGGGGGUUGGAGGUGGGCUUGGAACACAGGUGUGUACAGCUGUCUGUAGUGAAGUUUUGUAUUAUAGUAAUCCUGUUUCCAUUUUGGUACACUCUAGCCAGGGUUGAAUGUGUUAGAUGGUAUGUGAGGAUCUUGUUCAAUCUGAACUCCCAUCACCCCCUUUUUUUCUCUUUUUUUCCUUAAACAUUGUUAUGAUGACUUAGAAGUUUUCCUUUGUCAGUUAAUGUUGAUUCCAAUCCUUCAUAUCUGCUUUAUAACAUUCACUGUACUAACCCUUCUUCAAGUUGGGGUGAGGGUAGUAACACAGUUUAAUUAUGUGCUAAGAUAAAGUCUUAGUGAAAAACAAAUAAAUGUUCUUUAGU